AUGUCGAGCAACAGCAGCAGCGGCGGUGGGGAUGGCGACGGGGAAACGACAACGCCGCAAGUGGUGUUGACGCGGCACGGGGUAUGGCUCGCGACGGCCUUCCCCGACUCCUCUGUGGGCAUCGGCGCGAGCUGCGGCGUGCCCGGCGGCGCCGCUUUGCGUAGCGGAUCUCGCGGCGGCGUGCGACGGAGGGAGGGGGCCGAUUACGCGGUGCCGCGUCAUGUGGUGGAAGAGACCAAGCGGCAGUUGCGGCCGCUGCUUAACGCGCUUAGAUUCGUGGAGUCGAGUAACAGGGUGAAUUGCCCUGACGGCGACAACGGGAAGAGCAUCGGGCCGCUGCAGAUAUCGGAGGAGUACCAUCGCGACGCGUGGGGGCCGCUGACGGGACCGUGGUCGCAGUGCAGGGAGCUGGCGCACGCGGAGGACACGGUGGUGUCGUACUGGAUGCGCUACUGCCCGCACGCCAUCCGCACACUCGACUGGGAACUCCUCGCUAAGGCGCACAACGGUCUGCCGCGCCCCCACUCCCCCCUUUCUCCCGCCUCCUUCCCCCCAUUCCUCCUCCCGUCCUCUCCCCCUCCACGCCCUCCGGACCCCCUCCCUUUUCCCGAUCACCGUCUUGCUGCCCUACCCCAUCAUCCCCCUCUUCCCCUCUUCCUCCCCACACCCAAUUUAUCACUACCCUCGCCUCCAUCCCCCGCCCCAUCCACUUCCCCCACCCGUCUUUUUUCCCCCGUCCCAUCCCCACGCGCCUCCACUAAUCAAUCCCCCCUCGGUGCAGGCGGGCCGCGCGGGACGCGCUACAGCAAGACGCAGCGGUAUUGGGGGAAGGUGCGCCGCCACCUGCAGCACCAGCAGGCGCUGCUCAUCCCGCCCUCCGCCGCCACCAUCCCCCCCCAACGCCCCGCGCACCUUGCGCCCUCCGCGCUGGCAGCUCCUGGAAUUCGAGGUGCGUGCACCAUUCCGCGGGUGGGCUGUUCCGCGGAUGAGUGGUGUGCGAAUGCGGUGGGCACGUGUUCGCUGGGCGCACUGCAGCGGGUGACUGCUGCAUGUGGUGCGCCAGCGCCAGCAGCGGGGGCGACAGCAGGGGCUGCAUGCGCAGCACAUGGCGCCCCUUCCCCCCUCCUCCUCGCGGACUCCCCUUCUUCCCCCCGCCCUCCCUCCCCCCCGCACGCCACUUGCCAAGGGGACGCGGGGGUGGGAGUAGGGGGAGAAGCAGCACGCGCAUCAGGGGGCGGACGUGGGGAGGCGGUCCUAGAGGGGGAAGCAGCAGGGGAUGCGGAAGGGUCUGAUGAGGCGGUCGUAGAGGGGGACGCGGUGGAUCUGGAGUUGCUGCGCGCGCUGAUGGGGGGAGAUGCGGGGGAAGGGCGGCAUGGGGGGGUUGGGGCGGAUGAGAGUGACGAGGGGGGUUGGGACAAAGUGGGAGAGAGAGGUUGGGGUGUUGACAUGCUGUUGCAGUUGGAACAACAAGGUGGGGAGUGGGAGGAUGGGGAGGUGGAGGAGGGGCGAGAGCGAGUGGUGGUGGCAGAGGGGAGUGUAGAGGGGGGUAAUGAGGGGGAGCAGGAGGAGGGAAGUGAAGGGGAGCGGGAGGAGGGAAGUGAAGGGGAGCGGGAGGAAGGGAGUGAGGGGGAAGGCGAGGUGUGGCAGCAGCUGGCGGCACUGAUGGGGGUCGCUGGUGAGAAGGGGGCCUUGGGGGGCGUGGCAGCAGCGGAGGCAGUGGGGCAGGGGGAGCAAGAGGGGCAGGAGUGGCAGGAAGGGCAGGAGGGGGGUGAUGAGGGGCUAUCAUACAGGGAGAUGGCGCAGUGGCUUCUGCAGCACACCACUGACGUGGUCUGGGAAGGCGAGGGGGAGGGGGAGGAGGGGGAGGAGGGGGAGGAGGGGGAGGAGGGGGAGAAGGAGGGGGAUGAUGAAGUGGGUGGGCCAAGAAAGGAGGUAGGGGAGGAGAAGGCGCAAGGGGAGACAGCAGCAGAGGCAGAGGCGGUGGAAGGUGCUGCAGGCAAGGGGAGUGAGUGGCAAGGAGCUGUGCUGCUGGAGCAGCCUGUGCCAGUGCCUGACGCUGAGCUGGCAGGUGCUGCUGAGCUGGCAAGUGCUGCUGAGGCGGAAUCUGGGAGCAGCAGCAGGGGCGGCAGGGGAAAGGGGGGGCGGAUGAGCAGCGUGGUGUGGGAGGUGGUGGGUGCAUGGGACCGCCUGCUGUGGGACGACCAGCCGAGCAACGUUGCUGUCGCACCAUGUGCUGCUGCUGCACCCACCUGUGCCGCGCCGAGCGAUGCCGCGGAGGCCGCAGCAAGCAGUGCUGUAGUGCCGCUGGGCGGCGCUCCGAUCAAUGCUGUCGCACGAGAGAUGGAGGAGAGGGAGAUGGAAGGCACGGCACGGGGUGUGAGCAGAGGUGCAGAGGAGGAGGGUGCAGAGGAGGGUGCAGAGGAGGAGGGUGCAGAGGAGGGUUCAGAAGAGGGUGCACUCAUCCUUCACCCCGCCGUCGCCCUUACCUCAUCCCUUCCCGGCGCUGCCGCCAUCCACUCUCUCACCAGCAGCACCGCUCUGCACCGCACGCACAGCUGCAUGGAUGCCUGGUCGCCAGAGGCAGUGUUGGUUGAGCUGGAGGAAGCUGCCAGGAAGGAGCAUGAGCAGCGGGCGGCGGUGAUGCGGGCGGUGCGGGCGGCGAUGGGGCGCGGGGAGAGGCUGAGGCUGUACGACCAAUGGGGGGUUGACAGGUGGCAGCAGAGCCGGCUGCACACGAUAGUGUUUCAGCGGCUUUGGAAUGAGCCCAUGCUGUGUGCGGAGAGUGCGGCACUGGUCGCCAAGUUCCUUCCCUGA